UUUUAUUUUGAAGGUGACGCACACGCGCAGUCCAUGACUGAUCUCUGUCAGCUGAGUUUUGGUCUCGACUCGGACAUUUAAACGACUUGUGGAGGUUAUUUGAUAAAAGGUACUAAAAGUCAUCUUGAACAAACCCCGACAUGGCCCCCACACUGUAUGAUGAGAAACCACAGCCUGGGGACUUGAUAGAAAUCUUCCGGGGAUCCUAUCAGCACUGGGCUGUGUAUGUUGGAGAUGGCUUCGUUGUUCACUUGGCACCACCCUCUGAGGUCCCAGGUGCAGGUGUCAACAGCAUGAUGUCUGUCCUAGCUGAGAAGGCCAUAGUGAAGAAAGAGGAGCUGUGGGACGUGGUGGGAACCAACCAGUGGAAAAUCAACAACGCCCUGGACAAUGAGUACGAGCCCCGUCCAGUUCACCUAAUAGUGAGGGAGGCUUGCGCACUGGUGAAUGCAAAUCUGCCGUACUGUGUCUUCAGGGGCAACUGUGAGCACUUUGCAAACGAGCUGCGGUAUGGAAAAGCAGAGUCCCGGCAGGUGCGUAAGGCAGGAGAAGUAGUUAUGGUGGCAGGUGUGGCAGCAGCAGUGGGUCUAGGAGUUUUUGCUCUGGUAGGUGCUCUGUUUGGAGGCAGCAAAAAAGAAAACAAGAACACGGAGUGAUUCAAGUCCCAGGUCAUCUGUUCGGGACUUCAUUAACAGAUCACCAGCAAAGCCUAACUGGAUCUUACCAUGUUCUCUUCUAGAAAACGCUGUCUGAUUUAUAUGUAUGCAUGUGACUUAGCGAGACGUAUCCUCCAUCUGUCCUUCACGCCUUCUUUGGCUUGAUAACAGUAACAAUGCAGGGCUGGUUGGUUUGUGAUCAAGACUCUGUAUUUUUAACACUUUCUACAAAUUUCUACAGAUAGCACAACAAAUCACAUUUUCACAAAUUAACUAAGGUGCCACGGUUCAAUGUGUUUUAAUAUGAACUUUUUGAAGAUGAUUUGUAGAUAUUUUCUGGAUUGUGAUUGCUAUGAGAUUCACAGGGUUGAGGGGUCUUUUUCUGUUAUUCUAUACUUGUAUCAAAUCUAAACCCCUCUAAACAACAAAAUUUGUAUUCCUGUGAACUAAUGCUUAAUCUUAGAAUAUUAUAUAUAACCAAAAUAAGCUAUGAAUAUGAAGAUAUUGUGACUGUGUCUCACAUAAUAGCUCUGUAAUGUCAUAUGCACUUUGAACUUUCAUUUAGUGGAGUGUCCAGGGCUGAAAGGAGAUAUAGAUUGAAAUAAUUUAACACUCCUGCACUUUGCUCAUGACGUCACCUUUACUGGGUUUUAAAGGUUUCGUCGUCUUCUGACAUUUUACUUGUAAUUGUUAUAAAUAAAAAAUAAUUUGUGAUUCUCAA